AUGCACAAAGUUAAAUCUUUUGCCCGAUCCAAAGCGCAUGCUCACGGAUUCAAUCCCUGGUCGAACGAAGCGGGCCAGCAAACCCCUGGUGCCGUAGAACUAUCCCAAACUCAAAGUCCGACAACGGCAGCCGCUCGACGCGGCAGCACAGUAGCAGGACCAUCAUCCGACCCCAACGAUCUCCUAAAUGUUGUCUCUGAGCCGACGGGACGCCGGGGGGCGUCCCCAGAUACUCGUCGCUCGAGUGCCAUCUCCAGAAAGUCUCGUACAGAACCGAAGGAGCCCGAAAUCAUCACCGCCCCAACUAUCGACACUAUUAAUACCGAACGUUCAGUGCACUUCACAACCGGCGACGGAAGGAAUAAUACCGAAAACGUCGGGGAACCACCCGACAACCCUCAAGAAGGAAAGGAGCAGAGUCUCUUGAAACGAUUCAAUAAGACGUUCUUUCAAAUUCUUUUUCAUUCAUGGAUCAACAUUCUUCUGGUGUUUGUUCCUAUCGGUAUUGCCGUCGAAAUCGCGCACUUGGACCCUACUAUCGUCUUUGCGAUGAACUGCAUUGCCUUGGUUCCUCUAGCCGGGAUGUUAAGCUAUGCGACGGAGAGCGUCGCGCACCGCCUCGGCGAUACUAUUGGUGCUUUGAUGAACGUAACUUUUGGAAAUGCGGUUGAACUUAUCGUUUUUAUCGCACUUGCUAAGGAUGAAAUAUCCGUCGUACAAGCAUCCAUAAUUGGCAGCAUUUUGUCCAAUCUCCUUUUGAUUCUUGGAAUGAGUUUUCUCCUUGGUGGUCUCCGUUUCCGAGAACAGAUCUACAAUAGCACUGUCACGCAAAUGAGCGCUUGCUUACUGAGCAUCAGCGCCCUCAGUCUGCUGCUUCCGACGGCCUUCCACGCUUCUUUCUCCAACGCCGAUCUUGCGGAUAUCGCAACCUUGCGAAUCAGCCGUGGUACCAGUGUGAUCUUAUUAUUGAUCUAUAUCAUCUACCUGCUAUUCCAACUUCGGUCUCAUGCUUACUUGUAUGCAUCGAUACCUCAACAUGUUAUCGACGAGGAAUCCCACCCUGGUAUCCUUCAUCAUCUUGGUAGCUCGUCAUCAUCAUCGUCGUCUUCGUCUCGACGCAGUUCAAUGUCUUCGAGCUCCUCUAGUUCGUCUGGUGGCUUUGCUCGCUCUAUUCGUGACAGGAUUCGUCGGAUGAGCCACCCAGACCAAGAAGGCAGAAAUAGCACGCGCUCGUCAGCAGCGUCUCACCCGUCUCACCCCUCAUCCCCAGAACACGACUUAGAGCGUAGGGGUCGCCCUAUUUUCACCUCCGAGAAGCCUGCUCUCCCAUCGUUCAGUUACUCAAAUACAGCCGGCCAAGAUGUUGCUAUUUUCGAUGGCGAAGAUCGUCAACAGAACGCCGACGGUCCUUCAGACCACGGUAACCGAGAAUCGAGAGAGGAAAAUCCUGAGCUGACUAAAGCGAAGCACUCAUUACGUGCGAUGGCUCCUAAGUUGUUUUCGAGAUCUGGUGCCUCACCUUCUCCUACACCUACGCCUAUCGCCAUUGCUCCGGGAUUGGUAGCGGAACAAAUCCGGCCUCUUGCCCGUAGGGCUACUUCCCUUCCACCCCGUCUCACUGAGGAAGUUUCUGCGCGUGACAUGUUACCGUACAUGAUACCUUUGAAUGUCUCGGAUGAUUCCCUCGACGACUCCAAGGAAAAACAGGUUAUCAGUCGUACAUCUGCUAUCAUUCUACUGCUAGGUUCUACUGGUCUUGUGGCCGUAUGCGCCGAGUUCAUGGUUUCCAGUAUCGACUCUGUUAUCAUUUCGACAGGUAUCUCUGAAGCAUUCGUUGGUUUGAUCCUUCUUCCGAUUGUGGGUAAUGCCGCAGAGCACGUAACCGCCGUCACCGUGGCCGCAAAAAAUAAAAUGGACUUGGCCAUUGGCGUUGCGGUUGGUAGUAGUAUCCAAAUUGCACUUUUCGUCACUCCACUUGUUGUACUUCUUGGUUGGAUCUUGGAUAAGGAUAUGGGUCUUUAUUUCAACAUUUUCGAAACCGUUGCACUAUUUACUAGCUGCUUCGUUGUUAACUUCUUAGUGUUGGAUGGACGAAGUAAUUAUCUCGAGGGCGCACUGCUCUGUGCGUCGUACAUAAUCAUUGCGGUCGCUGCAUUUUUCUACCCCAACGAAGAGCAACGUUCGCCAAUCGGCGCGGGGCCAAAUUAG